AUGUUCCCAGGUGCCGAAAAUAAAGUUGAACAGCCUAUGGCUGCUUCAACGUCGGCAACUCAACCAACGAUUGAUCUUGGGCCACCGCCAGGGCUUGGUUUUGAUGAUGUUCAGCGCACUUCGAAGCCCAUAGUGAUUUCCCUGCCACCAAUGGCUACUAAUGAAGAAAAGCCUGUUAUUCCAAAUAUUACGAAUCUACGAGUAUCUGAACCGUCUCGCAGCGAUUCGAAAUCACCAACCAGAAAGAAGACAGGACCGAAUCCUCCACUUGGGAAUCUUCCUUCGAAUUCCAGUUCUCAUAGGCUUAGUCAGUUGGCAGCGAUCACAUCCACACCUACGACACCGAGACGUUCGCGUCGACGCGACGAAGGCAAGGAAUUGAUCAACUUGGUUGUUGUGGGUCAUGUCGAUGCGGGUAAAAGCACACUUAUGGGUCACCUUCUCUGCCGUCUGGGUUGUGUAGAUCAACGAACUCUUCACAAGUACAAGCAGGAGUCAGCUAGAUCUGGCAAAGCUUCAUUUGCAUUCGCUUGGGUGUUGGAUGAAACGGAAGAGGAACGAUCUCGUGUGGAAACCGAUGUAUUGCAAAAAAACGUUUGGAUAAAAUCGAGAGGAGUUUUAUUAUUGGAUGCACGGACACAAGAUGGCUCACAAGCUGACGCUGUAUCAUUGUUGUCAAUUGACUGUGGGAAUUUUGAAACUGGAUUCGAGAACGGCGGUCAAACUAGGGAACACGCCAUGCUGCUACGAUCGCUCGGAGUUGGGCAGCUGGUUGUGGCAGUAAAUAAGCUAGACACGGUAGACUGGUCUCAUGAGCGAUUCCUCGAAAUUGAAGCUGUGAUGAAAACUUUUUUAACCAAACAGAUUCGAUUUGUGCCUGUAUCCGGUUUGAGCGGCGAAAAUCUGUCAGAUCGUGUUCCCGAAGAACAUCCUCUUCGAAAAUGGUAUUCUGGCGAAUGCUUGAUAGAGCUUAUAGAUACAUUUUCGGCACCUCCUCGGGCAUGUGAAGGACCUUUGCGAAUAGUCAUAAAUGAUGUUUUCAAGGCUACUAGUAACCAGCUGAGCUUAAGUGGAAGAAUUGAAUCUGGAGAAGUAGAUGCAGGUGAUAAGGUAUACAUAAUGCCGAAUGCGGAUGCCGCUGUGGUUAAAGCAUGUUCCAACGAUAACGGUGGAUAUGUGGACAGUUGUGUGGCUGGCGAUCAAGCUAUUCUGACUUUGAACGGCGCCUUUGAACCGGACACCAUUCACGCAGGACACGUGAUCGUGCGUGGUGGGCAGGAUGCUCUUAUGCCAUGUAACCGUUUCGUCGCACGCAUCGUCGUCUUUGAUAUCGUUGUGCCAAUCAUGAAAGGAACAAAGGGCGAAUUAUACUGUCAUUCACUUUGUGAGCCCUGUACAGUGGUCAAGUUGAUCUCAUCUAUCAACAAGACGAAUGGUGAAGUGAUCAAGGAACGACCAAGGUUU